AUUGCAAAACCAAGAUUAAAACUACACGCGAAAAGAAUGAUUUAAAAGUUAUAUAGUGCGGUACAGAAAUAAAACAAAAUCCACUUCUAAUCUCAGAUUUGCUAUAACCAUCUUAUCAAUCGGCCCAUAUCUCAAAACGUAUCAGCUAAACAAUAAAUAAUCUGAAUUAUUUGCCAUUUUUUAGGCCAUUUUAAAGUAAUACAGCCAAUUUACAAGUUAAAAAACAAGGAUUUCUGUCUCCCGAUGCGCUCUUAAGGUUAUUAUGAUAAGAGACUUCAGGGCUUAAAGAGAGAUACAUUGCUCUAAUUACCAUAUCGUGAUGAACUAUUUAAGGCGUGGGUGGAAAUACCGUGAGAGAAUGAGAGUGAGAGAGAAAGAGGCGGGCUAGGGCCAUAAAGCUGCUAAACUGAUAACUGAAACCCAUUGAAAAGCGAAAGAAAAUAUUGCCAAAAUUGAUAAGCCCUAUCUUGCUCCCUAAAGUGUGGUAUACAUUAGCGCUUCUGUCGCUGAAAUCGAUCAAUAAUAUAGAAUAUAAUCUACGAAUUGUGAACAAAUCAAAGGCAAUUUACUGUAGAAUAUGCUGACUAAUGUGUUUAAAGCCAUAAAUGAGCAAGUGUGAGAAUUGUGUACAUAUAAUAAAAACUACAACGCACGGAAAAACAUAAAUGAAACGCAACAUAUUGAUAAUAACAACGAAAAUUCGAAGUAACUCGCGAAUUUCGAUUUACCAAUCAUCCAUACGUUGAAAAGGACUGUAAAAUGUAUAUUCAAGUAAAAAUAUUAAUAUUCUUGCUGAUUCUAUGUGAAUCACAGUUAACAAUUUCUACUGCACAAACAAUUGACGAGGAAUCAAAUGAUUCCAUUGAAAUAACUGCUAACGAAUCUGAAGAUUGGCCAAAUCAUAUUGGGCGCCAUUUGAAAGAGAGCUAUCGCUUGAAAGAGAGCUUAUCUGCAGCUAUUCAGAGUCUAUCGCAGGAUAUCGACGAUGAAAUAGAUAACACCGACAAUCCGUUAGGUGAAACAAAUCUUAAAUCGCUGUUCGUUAAAUACGACACUGACGAUGGAAACACUUGCCUUUUGGACAGCAUAAAGCAAGACAUCUUGUGGUGGGUAUAUCCCAAUGGUACACUAAGAACCACAAAUGCCAGAUUCUCCACACAUAGGUAUUUGGAUCUUUCGCAUGGCAAUAUAUCAAAAGAUCUGGAUUUGUUGUUCAAAUCGAAGUUUGGAGGAAGAUUAAACUUUUCAAAAGUACAGGCCUUUUCGGCGGCAUAUAAUAACUUAAAUGCAGCGCCGUAUAUCACCUUGAGUUCAAUGAAAGGUUCACUAAAGUAUUUGUCACUACAAGGCAAUCAGUUUUCGGCAAUAAAUGCGGAUGCCGAAGCUAUUGAGAGAUUCUUGCAAGACACUCAAAUUAAACCAAACAAUGAAAUGCACAAUAAAUGCAGAGAAGAACUGCUUGCCAAUGGUAACAUUGAUCUGUAUGAUCGAAUGUGCUUACAACUAGAAUACAACAAAGACACAGACACACCAAACACACAAGAUUUCAUUUAUGAGGAUCACAUACGUAAACUACAGAUAAUGCACAGAUUAUUUGGCUACUCAAAGGAAAGCAUUGCUUGGGCCAAGUUUCCAAAUAUGCCGCAACUCUUGGAGCUGGACGUCAGCAACUGCAGCAUCGAGUAUUUGACCAGAGAAGCUUUUCGCAAUGUGACAAACUUACGGAAACUGUUUAUUUCGAACAACAAGAUCAUGACAUUGGAGGCCGAUACCUUUUACCAUAUACAAGGACUACAGUAUCUGGAUCUAUCCUUUACAAACGUAUUGAACUACAAUUACCAAUUCUCGAUGCCCACGCUCGAGGUUAUAUUGAACUUGGUUUAUGGCUUAAAGAUUUAUCAGACUGUUUUUAAAAUGCUACCAGAGCUGGUCUAUCUUGAUUUAUCCCACUCGAAAAUAACACGCAACAGUGCGGUGGCCUUUACACACCUGGGAAGUAAACUAAAGUACCUUAGCUUGUGUUAUACAUCUUUUCCCAUGGUGAGCAAUGGACUCUUCAAGAACACAGCACUCGAGGGACUCGACUUAUCGGGAAAUUCUUUCGUAUCCUACAACAUUGUGGACGAUGCCUUCGACGGCAUUGGGGAUACACUGAAAUGUCUGUACUUUGAGCACUCCAAUCUUGGGGAUUUAAGUUGGUCGAAACCGCUAAGAAAUCUUCUAGUCCUUGGCCUGGCUGGCAACAACAUCAAUGCCUUGUCGAGCGAUGUAUUUGAGUCUCUGGUCAGCCUCAAGGUCCUCGAUCUUAGUUCCAAUCACAUCGGCAACUGGUACAAGAGUGUGUUCCGGAAUAAUUCAUCGUUGCGUGUGCUCAACUUGCGCAGUAACAACAUCAACAUGCUCUCCACCGAAAUGCUUAAGGAUUUCGAAAAUCUAGAGUAUCUCAGUCUGGGUGACAAUAAUUUCAUUUGCAAUUGCAUGCUCCGCGAGGUCGUCGAGGUGGCUGCCAAUAAUAAUAAGCAAGCCAAUUGCUCCUAUGAAGUACUCGAAGAUUCAGCACGAGACCUGCUCUUCAAUCGCACUAACUGGAGUCAAUUGAGCAAACUUUUCUAUAAGCAGUUUGAGCGCGAUUUCUGGGAUAGUCGUAUCAUUCCACUGCUCACGGACAGCUAUAAGAACAUCAAGGAAUUUAAGCAACUAAACAAGAUUAGAAAACUCCACUUUGUUACUUCGGAUCUGAAAACCAGAACGUGCCCAUCAUCAACCACAAAGACCUUUAACGACACCUCGCUAAAAUUUCAACUAUUAGAUUACGAGGCGACGAAUUAUUGGUGCUUCAAUGAAACGGAUCAGAUACAAGUGGAUCAGUUAAAUUGCCAAGUUCGUGCAAUGGCUGAUCUGGAGUUACAAAUCCACAACACCGUUAUGAUUAUAACAGCCGUUAUUGGCAGCAUUUUGGGUGCUAGCAUUCUGGGUUUCAUCAUUUAUCUAAAACGUUGGCAUAUUCAUUAUUAUUAUGCAUCGCUCAAGUCGGCGGCGCUUUUGUCGAGAGCCUCCAAAGAGUCACUGGAUAAAUUUCAUCAUCUUACAGAGCAUGAUCCUAAUAUGGUCUAUGACAUCUUCAUUAGCUACUGCCAGAAUGAUCGUCCUUGGGUGCUUGAAGAAUUACUGCCGAAUGUGGAAAAGUCUGGUGAUAUCUCGAUUUGCCUACACGAGCGUGAUUUUCAGAUUGGCGUCACUAUUCUCGAUAACAUUAUCUCGUGCAUGGAUCGUUCACGCUCUCUAAUGUUGCUGAUAUCAUCAAAGUUCUUGCUCAGCCACUGGUGUCAGUUUGAAAUGUAUUUGGCUCAACAUCGCAUAUUUGAGGUAAGCAAGGAACACUUGAUACUUGUCUUUUUGGAGGAUAUACCGCGCAGAAAACGACCAAAGACACUGCAAUAUUUAAUGGACAUCAAAACUUACAUUAAGUGGCCAAGCAAAGCAGGCAAACAACCAUCAACGGAGGAACGCAAAUUGUUUUGGAAACGCUUAAGAAAGUCCCUGGAAUAUAUUGGUAUUGGCACAAAAGAUUCUAAGGCCUAG